CGGCAGGGGGCGGGGCCUCCUCCGCGUUGUUAGCAUGUCUCCCUAACGACCAGCUGGAGUCCAGCAGCAGAAGUUCCGGGAGGAGAACCGAGGAAUGGCUGCGACGGAGGCCAAGAGGGAGGAGGCGGACUACAAGAGGCUGCACAGCUUCCCGCUCAUCCGGCACACAGACAUGCCAGAGGAGAUGAGGGUUGAGACCAUGGAGCUCUGUGUGACGGCCUGUGAGAAGUUUGCCACCAACAAUGAAAGUGCAGCGAAGAUGAUCAAAGAGUCCAUGGACAAGAAGUUCGGCAGCUCGUGGCACGUUGUGAUCGGAGAAGGCUUCGGCUUCGAGGUGACGCACGAGGUGAAGAACCUGCUCUACAUGUUCUUUGGAGGCAGUCUGGCGGUGUGUGUGUGGAAGUGUUCGUAGCGCCUCCCGGAGGCCCCGCCCCCCGGAGGCCCCGCCUCCCUUCUGAUGAGGUCAUCGGGCUAGGACUGAAAACACCAGCCUCCCGCUGGUCUGUGCUGCCGGCCGGUCAGUGCGUCCACAGGACCGGCCGCUGUGGAGGACGAUAAACCCUCUGCUGGAGACCUGGUCCAGUUAAAACAGGAAACAGCUGAGAGGGGGUUAAGCGUGAAGCGUAACAAAAGCUUUCUGCCGUUUCCUUUCUCUCUCCGUCGUCUCUGAAGCUGCAUCCAUGAGUCUGAACGUUUGUGAGCGUGCAUGUGCAACUUUUACAAACACACAGCCAGCCAGGGUCUCAAGUCCUUACUCCUCCUCUUCAGGGAGCGCGAGUGUGAGAGUGAGUUUAAAUGUUUGUGUGUGCUGGACACACACAGGUUUUUGUUUUUUAAACCGUCAUUCCAUCGUCGCCUUCAUCAGCACUCCCCCGUCUAACUCCACACCUCUCUCUCUCUCCGGGCGCACUAGUCUUUCAAUAAGAUUUGUAAUAUUUUUUAUGUGUACAUAUUUUGAAGCGAUUUGAAGAACUUGUUUUUAGAUCCGCCGUUUGUCCCCGUGAAGAAGUUAACGGCGUUAACGAUGUGACUGAUUCCGUGUUGAUGCCAGUUCUGAUGAUCCAGUGCAACGGGCCGUUUGGUGUGAAUUUACCUGAUUGUACAAUAAACUCUGAAAUGUGUUGGAA